UAGCUUACACCAGUAUAAUAACGUGUAGAUGGAAAUGAUGGAAACCUGGAUAUUUGAAAAUUAUUAAUACUCCAUUACAUAACAUCUGCAACAUCCAGCUAACCCAACAGAAAGGAAAUAGAAGUUUGGGUACAUCAAAUUUUCGUCAGGCCUUUACACCUUUAAACGAUUCACAGUUGACUAUUAAGGAUUUAAAAUGAUACCCAACGGGCAUGCUACUGAAGAUCUUCUGUUACAGUCUUCUUCUGUGAUGAAGAGUGAGGGAGAUAAAAUCGAACUCAAGUGUGACUUAUGGAAACCAUUUGUUUUUGGGAUGAUAUCAGCUCUCUUAGGCGUAUUGUUAACUGUAUGGACACCAUCGAACCUUUUGUUAAAUGAAAGGUUACGUAUGCGACCAGGUUUACCGCCAUACGAAUGGUGGGUGUCUCCUCCCGGUGAGAUCCUGCUUAAGGUCUACUUGUUUAACAUUACAAAUUUGGAAGCAUUCUUAAAUGGUACAGAUCAAAAGCUAAAUUUGGAUGAAGUGGGGCCGAUUAUUUAUCAGGAAAAACUAAUCCACACAAAUGUAACCCAUAACGAUAACGGCACGUUGAGUUAUACGGCCAAACGUUUCCUAGUUUACCUACCCGCCAUGAAUCACUUGGAUCUCAAUGACACGCUUGUUGUGCCCAACAUUGCAGUAUUAGGAAUGGCUUCAUAUUUUGGGAACUCGAUGUCUAUAACGAAAAGUGUCUUCAAUGCACUCGUAAGAAAUUUAGAGUCGCGAUCGAUUAUUAGAACUACAAUUUAUGAUUAUUUAUGGAACUCUACUGAUCCAGUGCUUGAUAUUGGAAACUCUCUUUUCCCAAUUCUGGUUCCCGUAAAGAACCUCGGUAUACUUGCAGUUGUUUACGAAAAAUUUGAACACAGGAUUACUGCCUACAUAGGCACAAAGUGCGGACCUAGCAGAUUCUUCUUGAUCGACCAAUUCGAUGGAUCACAAUACCUACCAGAUCAUGGCUGUGAGGAAAAACUGGUCAAUGCAACCGAAGGUGUUGCGUUUCAUCCCUUUCUCACAAAAAAUGAAACAAUCCUAUACUGGAGGAAGACAUUGUGUAAAGUAGUGGAGCUGGAUUUUGAAAGGGAGGUGGUUUCGCACGGAUUUAACGCAUAUCGAUACACCCUUCGCAAUGAGACAUUCCGCCGAAAAGCGCCCGAACCAGAUUGCUUCAUUGGAGACCCACCCUUACCGAACGGCUUAAUCGACGUUUCCAAAUGUUUCUUUAACAUACCAGUAGCGAUUAGCUUUCCACAUUUUCUGAACGCCGAUCCCGUUACUACGAUCUACGUCAAUGGCCUAAAACCAACAGUCGAACAGCAUGGAUCUUUUAUUCACAUCGAACCCAUUACAGGCGUACCACUAGAAACAAGGGCCCAACUGCAGGCAAACCUUGUGCUUGGUGACCUAUCCGGUUUUAAUGAGGAUAUUGAACCAUUUUCCAACAUCAUAAUACCCUUGUUUUGUUUUGAAUUUAACCAAGCGGGACUUCCUUCGCAUAUUUCAAACACGGUCUUCUUCAUAGCCGUCAUAUUACCCUACUUACAGGUUAUCGUUAUAGUUGUCCUGUAUUGUACAGGGCUGGGUCUUAUCACUCUGAACGUGUACAAAUUUGCGACGAAAAGGCAGAAAAGGUAUUUGAAGGGUAAUAUAGUACAAUCGGAAGAAUGUAAUAUGCUUUGCAAAUCUGAACUUAUUUUAUAGUCAAAACGAAAAGUUGGGUAAUAAACACGUUUUAAGCAUUUACGUGGACCACAUUAUGGGAGCAAAAUCGUGGGAGAGAAGGGUAUUAGUGUAUUUGGGACAGGUAUUGGAUGGGACAUUUGAUGAGAUUUGAUUAAUACCAAGACUGAGGCUAUACAACGCAGGUUGUAUUACAUGAGUUGUCCCCUUCAAAGUAAUCCUAUACAGGGUGGU